UCCAUCAUCCACCUCCGAUCAUUGACCACCACUGUAACCAUCCAAUCACCUCGUAUUUUUUAAAUUUAUUUUUUCACAUUGGCGUUGCUAUCAAUCCUCGAUACAAGUCACAUGAAAUGCGAUUGAGACUGAGCAAUGGUGAACCGGAGAAGCCCUUAAUUGUUCAUGUCGGACGACUUGGAGUUGAGAAGAGUUUAGAUUUUCUCAUAAGUGUCAUGGGUAAGCUUCCUGAAGCACGAAUCGCGUUUAUUGAAGAUGGACCUUACAGGUACCAAGCUGUGUUUCUUAUGAAUGUAUUUAGGUACCAAGCUUCAAAGGUUGAUAUCACUAUCUAUUCAGAUUUGCAAUCAGUUCCAUCAUCUGAAUAUGAGAGUGUCUUUAGGUGGUUCAAGCUAAUUGAUGCUUUGCUAAGAAUUUCGUAUGUUCCCCCUUUGCACAUUGUUACCCUGUUAUUGUCUCAGCUGGUUUCACUACUGUUCAGGAUGAAUAGGUAGCUGUUUCUGGAAGGGAAAUAAACAGG